AUGACACCUCCAGGCGAAUCUGCACACGGCGAUGAUGUUAACAAAACAGCGGCCGACAUUGACAAGGUCACGUCUGCGGCUGAGAAGAAGAACUCCCAUAUUGAGAAGAUCGAGUCCAACGCUUGGGACGAGGAUGAGGUACCUGAGCUGCAUCUAAGGACCUGGAUUGCCCUGGCAGCUAUGAUGCUCCUGCAAUUCGUGCAAUUGCUGUCACUUCAAGGACCAUCAGCAGUGUGGAUACAAAUGGGGCUUUGGGCUGUCACCGUCGCCGGUAUCGUCAUCGGCUAUCGACCACCAAAGAGACACACGCGCUACAGCGACCUAAGCUUCGCACAGAAGUUAGGGCGCACUGACUUUAUUGGUGGCGCUUUCCUUGCGUCUGGCUUGACACUCCUGUUGACUGGCCUGGUCCUCGGCGGCAAUCAAUUUCCAUGGAGUAGUGCACGGGUCAUCGCUCUUCUAGCUGUCGGAGCAGUCUUACUGGUCGGCUUUGGUUUGUGGGAGUGGAAAGGGACUGACUCGGGCAUAUUUCACCACGACUUCUUCCGUGGUAAUCGAGCCAUGGCACAAUCCUUUGCUUUGUGCCUGCUCCUGAUGUUUCUGGAAGGAGUUCUUUUCUUCUCAGUGGUGGUAUUCUACCCGAUCCUUACCGCCACACUAUACGAGAGCGAUCCGUUGCUGGUGGUACUCCGUGGUCAGCCUAAUUUCAUGGGCGCCGCUCUCUCUGCCUUAGUCUGGGGCUGGAUUAGUACUCGUUUCAGGACAAUCCGCGAGUUGUUGAGCGCCGGUUUCUUGCUAGUCGCAGCAGGUGUGAUUGGACUUGCAACUCUACAGCCAGACAGCGGUACCGUUGCAAUUGGAAUGGUCACACUCACAGGUAUUGGAACUGCAUCGCCAUUAAUUUUCAUUAUCACAGCAGUCCAAUUGGCCACUCCUUCUCAUCUGAUCGCUACGGCUACGGGCGUCACCACAUCUGUGAGGGCUAUUGGAGCAGCGGUGUUCAUCGCCAUUUAUGACGCUGCCCUGACCACUGGACUCAGCAAGAAACUUCCAGCUUACGUGGCCGAGGCAGCUACAAAGGCUGGGCUACCGAAGACUUCCAUUCCUGCCUUUAUUGCAGCUAUAGCCUCGGGAGAAGCGUCCACCUUGGCGACCAUUCCGGGCGCCUCUCCAGCAAUCAUUGGCGCUGGUGUCGCGGCUUUCAAACAAGCCUUCGCCGACUCGAUCAGGCUCGUCUACAUAAUCACGGCCCCAUUCGGCAUACUGGCGGCCGUAGCCAGCCUGUUCUUGACCGAUUUCCGCAAAACGAUGAACUAUAAGGUGGAUGCUCCUGUGGAAGAUCUUCACAGAGCCCGCGGACCAGUGGAGGAACAUUCAUAG